AUGCCCUCUCGUUUUAGCACUGCGGUGCGGAUCUUUACCACCACCUUGUUUGCAGCAGUGGUGCUUUUUGCCAUCCUGUUGGCCUACGUGACUGGUUACCAGUUCAUACACACUGAACAGCAUCACCUCUCUUUUGGGCUGUACGGAGCCUUUCUAUCCCUCCACCUUCUGCUGCAGAGCCUCUUUGCCUUCCUGGAGCACAGGCAAAUGCGGGGACCCUCCAGACCCCAGCACCUCUGGCGCAGUGUGGCCCUCUGCAUCGCAGCCUACCAGGAGGAUCCGGACUACCUCCGCAAAUGUCUGCGGAGCGUACAGCGCAUUUCCUUUCCAGGCCUUAAAGUGGUGCUGGUGGUGGAUGGGAACCGGCAGGAAGAUGCCUACAUGAUGGAUAUCUUCCAGGAGGUGUUGGGGGGAGCGGAGCAUACAGGAUGUGUGGUGUGGAACGGGAAUUACCAUAGCGACGGAGAUGGAGGAGGAGGAAAGGGCUCACCGCAUGCAGAGGAGGUUGCACGGGUGACCAAGGUGGUACAGAGCUGCCUGUAUUCCUGUAUUAUGCAAGAGUGGGGAGGCAAAAGGGAGGUGAUGUACACAGCCUUCAAAGCACUGGGAAAUACUGUGGAUUACAUACAGGUGUGUGAUUCAGACACUGUACUAGAUCCAGCAUGCACAAUUGAGAUGCUAAAAAUUCUAGAGGAGGAUCCGCAAGUGGGUGGAGUGGGAGGAGAUGUUCAGAUCCUAAACAAGUACGACUCCUGGAUCUCCUUCCUGAGCAGCGUCCGUUAUUGGAUGGCUUUCAAUGUGGAGCGGGCUUGCCAGUCGUACUUUGGAUGUGUGCAAUGCAUCAGUGGCCCUCUGGGAAUGUACCGCAACUCUCUCCUCCAGCAGUUCUUGGAGCCCUGGUACCACCAGACAUUUCUAGGCAGCAAGUGCAGCUUUGGUGAUGACCGGCACCUCACCAACCGUGUCCUCAGCUUUGGCUAUAAAACCAAGUUCACAGCACGUUCACAAUGCCUGACUGAGACCCCCACGCAAUACCUGCGCUGGCUCAACCAGCAGACCCGCUGGAGCAAGUCUUAUUUUCGAGAGUGGCUCUAUAACGCACUUUGGUUCCACAAGCACAGCCUCUGGAUGACCUAUGAAUCUGUGGUCACUGGGUUCUUCCCAUUCUUUCUGGUGGCUACAGUAAUCCAUCUGUUUUACCGAGGUCGGCUGUGGAACAUCUUACUUUUCUUGCUAACAGUACAGCUGGUGGGCAUGGUAAAGGCCACCUACGCGUGCUUCCUACGAGGCAGCCUUGUUAUGAUCUUCAUGUCAUUGUACUCUCUGCUGUACAUGUCCAGCCUGCUACCAGCUAAGAUCUUUGCACUGUUGACUAUUAACAAAGCAGGCUGGGGCACAUCAGGCAGGAAAAAGAUAGUAGUGAACCUUAUUGGAGCUGUGCCUGUGACAGUAUGGGCAGCAAUUCUGAUCGGUGGCGUGGUUUACACCAUUUACUGUGAGGUGCAGGAGCCCUUAAGUGAGACAGAGAAGGCGCUUCUCAUUGCUGGUACCAUCCUCUAUGCCUGUUAUUGGCUCAUACUCCUGGUACUCUACCUUGCCAUAGUCGCCAAGCGCUGUACCAAAAGAGAGGAACAGUAUCACCUGUCCUAUGCUGAAGCCUAGCAUGGUCUCUCUAAAACAUAUUUAGUGGUGCUGCAGGACAUGCUAUCAGGGCUCAUUUGAAAUGACCCCUGUCUUUACCUGGUGCUGCAAUCUGGUUAUGAUUAUGGAUCAUGAGUCCAAAGCCAUCAGUUGAUAGAUGGUUUCAAGCAGUCACCAUAAUCAAGAGUUUUUGACAGAGCCAUAAUUUGCAUCUGUUGAAAUCAGGAACGGUGCUUCUCAUGGAUAUACUGUAAAGCAUACACUGAGGUGGCUAGCCAUGGUGGGUGCAAAAUGUUGAGCCAAAUGUUAGUUAUGGAGCGAUAAGUUCAUGUCAUUAGAUUGCCAUAUUAAGUUAAGGUGCUUGUACUUAUAAUUAUACUUAAUAUAGUGAUCAACAUGUUAAGGUGUGUUCCAACAUGUGAGGUACACCUUUAUAAGACACUAAGCUGACAGUAUUUGCCCAAAUCAUUCAUUAUUUUUAUUUAGUGUUUUAUAUGACAAUCCAGCAUAAUUCUAAAAAAAGAUUGUGGUGCUGCUAAUACGUUUGAGGUGUAACGUGUUAGGACUUUCAAGAAAGUUUGAACAACUACAUUUAAAUAUGAUUUUCUGAUACUUCACUAAGAUUAAAGGGAUAGUUCAACCUAAAAUACAAAUUCUCUCAUCA